AUGCCUUUCGAGGCGAAGCGUUGCGGAGUGUGCUUCAGCCCACCUUCCAUAGUUUUGAUAUAUGAAGUCACGGAGACCAACAAAUUGAGAAAACGAGUCAUUCCCGUGCAAAACUUCUCGGCACGUACUUCCGACUACAAACUGGCUGCGGAAAGGCUGAAGAACCACCCACGGCACAAGGACUACCUGCAAGGGGUCUCCCAGAGUCAGCUAGAGAGGCUGCACGUCAUCCUGCGGGACUACCUUCAGGGCUUCACUUUACAGCACAGCUUGGCCUCGCUGGAGUUUGACCCCAACGAAGACCUCAACAAGCUGGACGACGACAACCUGGCUCGCAAAAAGAGCCACAUGGACAAGCUUUUUGAGAAGAAUCAGACACGCAGAGAGGACCCUGGCUUUGUUUAUGACUUAGAGGUGGACUUUGACAAGAUAGCAGAUGAAAAAUGCAGCUGGGAUGAGGACUCUGACGAUGGUUUUUAA